GGGCAUUCCGAGAAUUGAACUCGGGACCUCUCGCACCGUAAGCGAGAAUCAUACCACUAGACCAAAUGCCCUUUUUGGGAUACUUUCUUUGCGUUAAGACUAAAAGAUUAUAACAAUUACUGGACAGUCGCUAAACCCUACUAGUCGAAGGGAGAGACAUUGCAAAAUUGUGCAGCUGAAUCCAACCGCUAGCUAAAAUGGCAGGAGCUGCAGCCCUUUUCCGUUUGGCUCGAUCUCAGGCUACUCAUUUCAACCCUUCCAACUUCCGUUCAGGUUUUCGUUUGGGUAGCUAUGAGACCUUAUCUCAUCCACAUGCUAGAGCAGAUAACCAGAAGAGGUGGUUAUCUAAAUCUACUUCAGUAGGAGAAGAAAACAAGAUCAGCGUUGGACCCCGCAAAGGCAAUGGUGAUGUGGAAAAGGAUGAAAAGGACUCAGGUGUAGUGUAUUACGGUCCAAUAUCAAGCACCAUCAAGAAAGUGAAGCUUCUCUCUUUGUCAACUUGUUGCCUAUCUGUAUCCUUAGGCCCAGUGAUAACCUUCAUGACAUCACCUGACAUGAAUGUGAUUGUAAAGGGAGCAGUGGCAUCUUCUGUAAUAUUCUUAAGUGCCACCACCACAGGUGCCCUUCACUGGUUUGUUAGCCCUUAUGUUCACAAACUCAGAUGGCAGCCUGGAUCAGACUGCUUUGAGGUGGAGAUGAUGUCAUGGCUGGCAACUUUUAUCCCAAAGACUAUUAAGUUUGCAGAUAUCAGGCCACCGCAGACAAACAGACCGUUUGUGACUUUCAAGGCAAAUGGGGGUUUCUAUUUUGUUGAUGCGGACCAUUGUCAUAAUAAAGCAUUGUUAGCAAAGUUGACCCCAAAGGAACCAUCCCAUGGAUCAGCUUUGAAGAACUUGUAAUGAGAAUCAACUGAGGCUUCUGAAUAUCAGUUUUUGGUGCCCUUUUCCCUUUUUUCCUUCAUGCCCAUCCCUACUCAUGGAACUGGUUUGUGAAAGGAGAAGAGAACUAAUGAGAUGUCUUAUAGAGAUAUUGGAAUAAAAUUUUACUCUAUCCUUUUCUUUCUGCUCAAGAUGGGGGAGCUUAUUAUUUCUUUGCAGUUCAUGCUCCAUUAGGGCUUAUUUAUGUAAUCCUAGGCAUUAGUCACAUGGUUUUGCUGCAGUGGGUAUUUGCUACUGAACUGAUUCGCGUUAGACAAAUAUUUACACCUAUAUUAUCUAUUGUAUUUGGACGACGCCCUUUGUGUUUAGAUUGUUGAUAUUUUGGGAAUUGUGUGGUCUUCUCAGGUUUAUCUUCUUCUUGUA